GCCCGCCUGCCAGCUAGCUAGCCAGCCGGAGCCCCGGGCGUGUGCCGCGAGUCGGGGUCGGGUUGAGGAACAAACUGGGCUUGAGGAGCGCGUCCUCCACCUCUGCCGCAGCGGCCCUCCGCGGCUAGAGUACGCCGCUUUCUUCCCUCUCUAACCCAGCGCUCUGGUCUGGGGUCUCCGGGUAGGGAGCGGAGGGGAGGAACUAGAGAGGAGGAGGCGAAAGCGGAGCGAGGGGCAGAGAGGGUCCCGGCGCCGGGCGUACGUAGCGCGCGCUGCCUCUUGCUCUCCCGCCGCCGCCGCCGCCUCCACGCCCCGGGCGCCCGCACUAUGCCGGCGGAGUGCCGGCCGCCGAGAUGGGGAGCUGGGCGGUGGUGAGAGCCGGGCGCAGCCCUCCGCGCCUCCGAGUCCGGGCCGCGGCCGCCGCCCCCGCCCGGGCCGCGCUCCCCUUCUCCCGCCCUCUCCCUCCCCGCUCCAACUCCUCCUCCUCCUUCCCCAUGCCUCUGUUCCUCCUGCUCUUACUUAUCCUGCUCUUGCUGCUGGAGGACGCCGGAGCCCAGCAAGGUGAUGGAUGUGGACAUACUGUACUAGGCCCUGAAAGUGGGACCCUCACGUCCAUUAACUACCCACAGACCUAUCCCAACAGCACCGUUUGUGAAUGGGAGAUCCGUGUAAAGAUGGGAGAGAGAGUGCGCAUCAAAUUUGGUGACUUUGACAUUGAAGAUUCUGAUUCUUGUCACUUUAAUUACUUGAGAAUUUAUAAUGGCAUUGGAGUUAGCAGAACCGAAAUAGGCAAAUACUGUGGUCUGGGGUUGCAGAUGAACCAUUCAAUUGAGUCAAAAAGCAAUGAAAUUACAGUGCUGUUCAUGAGUGGAAUCCAUGUUUCUGGACGAGGAUUUUUGGCCUCAUAUUCAGUUAUAGAUAAACAAGAUCUAAUUACUUGUUUAGACACUGCAUCCAGUUUUUUGGAACCUGAGUUCAGUAAGUACUGCCCGGCUGGUUGUCUGCUUCCUUUUGCUGAGAUCUCCGGAACAGUCCCUCAUGGAUACAGAGACUCCUCACCAUUGUGCAUGGCUGGCGUGCACGCAGGCGUAGUGUCCAAUAUUUUGGGUGGCCAAAUCAGCGUUGUCAUCAGUAAAGGUAUCCCGUAUUACGAGAGUUCUUUGGCCAACAACGUCACCUCCGUGGUGGGACACUUAUCUACAAGUCUUUUUACAUUUAAGACAAGUGGCUGUUAUGGCACACUGGGGAUGGAAUCCGGGGUGAUUGCCGAUUCUCAGAUAACAGCAUCGUCUGUGCUGGAGUGGACCGACCACACAGGCCGGGAGAAUGUCUGGAAACCCGAGAAAGCCCGGCUGAAGCAACCCGGCCCUCCUUGGGCUGCUUUUGCCACUGACGAAUAUCAGUGGUUACAAAUAGAUCUGAAUAAAGAAAAGAAGAUAACAGGCAUUGUAACCACUGGCUCCACCCUGGUGGAGCACAAUUACUACGUGUCAGCCUACAGAAUCCUGUACAGUGACGAUGGACAUAGGUGGACGGUGUACAGAGAGCCUGGUGUGGAGCAGGAUAAGAUAUUUCAAGGAAACAAAGAUUAUCACCAGGAUGUGCGUAAUAACUUUUUGCCACCAAUUAUUGCACGUUUUAUUAGAGUGAAUCCUACCCAAUGGCAGCAGAAAAUUGCCAUGAAAAUGGAACUGCUUGGAUGUCAGUUUAUUCCUAAAGGUCGUCCUCCAAAACUUAUUCAAACUCCACCUCCUCGGAAUAGCAAUGACCUCAGAAACACUACAUCCCCUCCAAGAAUAGCCAAAGGUCGAGCCCCCAAAUUUACUCAGCCAUUACAGCCUCGCAGUAGGAACGAGUUUCCUGCCCAGACAGAGCAAACAACUGCCACUCCCGACAUCCGGAACACCACCGUGACUCCGAGUGUAACCAAAGAUGUCGCCCUGGCCGCGGUCCUGGUGCCGGUGCUCGUGAUGGUGCUCAGCAGCCUCGUGCUCGCGGCGGUGUGCGCCUGGCACUGGCGGAGCAGAAAGAAAAAAACUGAAGGCACCUAUGACUUACCUUACUGGGACCGGGCAGGUUGGUGGAAAGGAAUGAAGCAGUUUCUCCCUGCCAAGUCAGUGGAGCACGAGGAGACCCCCGUCCGCUACAGCAGCAGCGAAGUUAACCACCUGAGUCCGAGAGAGGUCACCGCGGUGCUGCAGACGGACUCUGCAGAGUAUGCACAACCACUUGUGGGAGGAAUUGUUGGCACCCUUCAUCAGAGAUCUACCUUUAAACCGGAAGAAGGAAAAGAAGCGAGUUACGCUGACUUAGAUCCUUACAACUCCCCGGUCCAGGAAGUUUACCACGCCUACGCCGAACCCCUGCCCAUCACGGGGCCCGAAUACGCCACCCCCAUCGUCAUGGAUAUGUCUGGACACCCUGCAGCUUCCGUUGGUCUGCCCUCCACGUCCACUUUCAAAGCUCCAGGGAGCCAAGCCCCCCCAGUGGUAGGAGCAUAUAACACGCCCCUCUCCAGGACUGACAGCUGCUCCUCCGCCCGCGUCCAGUAUGACACCCCAAAAGGUGGGAAGCCAGGUCCAAGUGCUCCGGACGAACUGGUGUACCAGGUACCGCAGAGCACGCAGGAGGGGUCAGGAGCCGGGAGGGAUGGUGAAUGUGAUGUUUUUAAAGAAAUUCUUUGAAGGUGAUGCUGCUUUUUGUAAAGCAUCAUUUUAAAGCACAUGGCCUUUCUUGUGUGUUAGUAGUAGUAAUAUAUAGAAUGUAUUACGUAUCUGUCACAGAUGUGAUUGGGAACAUGUGAUGACCGAGGUACAGGGAACUACUAAUCUUGCCAUCUUGCUUUAAAAGUGUUAUUGUGGCAGUUCUGCUUGCCUGUUAAAUUUCAAACAUCCUCUUUGUUACUACUGUAAAACACUAUUUUUAAUACAGAAAAAGCUCCCUACUAUGCACUUCAAAGAAAUUUAAGAAUCACUGAGAGUAUUUAUUACCAAUGCUGCAGGUACAUUGAUGAACUCAAGAGACGGCUGUGUAAGCCGGACUGGCAAUAACGCACGGUACUGUUCUUGAAAGGUCUAAUGGCUUGAAGUUUUGCUUUGUGAAAGGUGGGUACUAUCAGGAUUUCUCUCUAUUCCUAUGUUCCUUACGGAUUUUUUUUCAAAAAUUAGGGAUAUAAUCAUUGUUUUGGUUAUAGUCCUACACUCAUCUUUCCUUUGGAGGAUCUAUAGGUGGGAAACUGACUUUUACAAUGGGCAAGGUGGAUUUUUCACCUUUGACACUCUUAAGAGCUUUAACAUUUCAUGGUGCAUGAGCUGGUCUCAGCCCUGCCUGCUCUGUCUGGGGCCAGCCCCAUCCUCGUGUGGAAAAUGUUUGCGUUAUUUUAGAGAGUGAGGCUUGCUUCAUCAAUCCCGUGAAUCCUCUGAUCUUACACAGCUGUGACAGAUUCUCUCCCUCCCCCCAGCUUUCCCCCCCCGCAAAGGGGGAGUUGUGAGAACUUGAGGGCAUCUAUGUGAACACCGUAAACAUGACGCGCUUGUAUUUAUUUACCACAGUGGAAAAGGCAAAAAUCAUUCCUCAGAAAUCAUAACUUACCUUAAAAAAGUUUGCCCUCUUUGAUUUAAUAUAUAUUUUUCUUUGAAUCCAAAGGUAUUUUCGGUCAGCAUUUUUAAUGUAUCCACAGUAAAAUAUUGAAAGCAAUACAAAGCCCAUGUGGAUUCCUCAGCUGCUGUGACCGUGCCCUCAGCUGUAGGGGGAGGCGUGAACUGUCCUUUCCAGCAUAUCCCCAGUGUAGGAACCUUUCAGAGUCUUUGGCAAGAGCUGCUGGCCCUCUGAUUAAAACGUAUAAUUUGGCAUCUGCUCUUCUAGAAAUUCCAGUGUGGUAGACUGAGUAUUGAUAUGUAAUUUCCUAUCAAGUUCUAGAAAUUUCUUUUGGCUUGUGCCACCACAUUGCUUCCAGAAUUUGCUAGAUUUCAGAAAGACCGUGUUCAUUCUGCCUGCUUUCAUGGGUAGAUCAGUAUUCUAAAGCAUUGCUUCCAAAAUACAAGUAUUGCUGCAGCCUCUCCGCCCUCUAGUUUUGUGAUUUCUGUUGUGUUGGUGUUAUUUUCAUUUACUUUAGCUUUUCCAGACAACUUUGCAUAAUUUUUUUCACUGAAAAAAACAAUAUACAGUGUUUCAAAAUAUUUGAAACAAAAAGCACAGAUGUUGAACUUGUAUUAAAACAUGACUGUGUAAAGCCCGUGAAUUAAUGCAGUCAUCCCCUUUCGGGUGGGAAGAGUAAACCAGUUUUAUUUAUUCAUCCUUAGUACAGGAUACAUCUCCAAUCAUAUCCCUGUUUGAGAAGCUUUAAGAGAAACUCAUAUUCCCAAAGAUGCUUGUUCUUUUUAUUUAAUUUUGUGCACCUAAUUUUCCCAUGGAACUUUGAGAGGCAAAUGGUUUUCUGAAUGAUGCACAUUUUUGCCACUGUGCUGUCCUUGAACUACCAAUGAUUUUUACAAAAGUUUUUACUGCUUUUAUAUAUUUUACUUUCAAAUGAAGAGCUGAGCCUGAUUCAGAGUUCUGAUGUUGUACUUUGAAUUCAUUUGUUUUCAUAUUAGAGUUUUGCUUUUGGGUUUUUUAACCACAUUUCUGUGUCUGGUAUCUAUAUAGCUUUGGAGACAAUCAAAUAACAACUGAAAAUGUGAAGGUAACCUUUGUUCAAAAUUCCCUUGAAUUUUUGUUUGCUUGAAACAUUUAACAAAAACAUUUAAGUCACUCUGGUUUAUUGGAUUUUUUUUUCCUGUGAGCACAAUUGUCAAAGUAGAGUCAGACAGUGUACAGCAAGUGUGGCCCUUCGCGCUUCCUAGAAUCACAGUGACUUCCGAUACAUGAUCUUUGGAACCAGCAUGGUUAUAGCUAUUGUGAAUGCUGAUUUGUAUUGUAUUAAAAGCUGUCACACUAAAUAGAUCCUUUCGUCUAUGUGGGGUCUAACUCAGUUAUCUAAACUCACAUUUCACUGUUUGCACUUUGCAUUGAACAAUGGGUUCAUCCGCUGAUGAGACGGUUUGUGUAGACAAUGUACACGCCACUUCCCUCCGAUGCCCCCGCAGAGAGUGUACGCAUCUACAUAUGAACGCGGCCGUAAUUCUGCGGAAAGUGAGAAAGCUUGACCUUCUUGCCUUGGCUCCACAUUGUCACCAGGAGAGCGAAAGGGCUACGGGAAGGCCAUGUCAGAUGCUAGACUGUGGGCCAAAACCUGUCAAACUCUACCUUUAAAAAAAAUUGCCUAUUAGCUCAGCCUUUCUGUUCUGAACUUGAAGUCCCUAAACUGCAAAAUCGAUUACGAGGUGGAUGGUUAUUAAAAUACUUUCUAGUUCAAUCAACUGAGGCACCAAUUGUCAGUGACUAGGUUUUGUUUUUGUUUUUGGCACUGGGAAAGGUAGAAACCAAACAGAAUACUGAAGUAUAUAUUGGAAAUAAAAAUGGUUUGAGUCAGUGAUUCUCCCAGAAUGUACUUUUCUUACCUCGGCAUGUACUGUAGUCACUCAGUAUUUGUAUAUGUUGCUAGAACUUAGAUUGUAUAAAUAGUGAGAUUUUAAUGUGUUCAUGUGUUUUUAAUAAAUUGUAUAUAUGUGU